CCCAGCGCUGCACUUGGAAAUAAACUUUUGUUUGCGUCCCGGACGCGUCUGUGAAGAUGCCAGGGUUGAUUAUUUCUCCAGGGAUUGACCAUUUCACUCACUAACUAACGUUUGUUUCUUUUUUUUCCUCUUCUUUUGUUUUCUUGAACUGGAUCAUCAUGUUGCGGAUUUUGGUAGAAUCUGCUACAGGUCUGCCAAAAAAGAAAGUUGGAAGUCCUGAUCCAAUCGCGACAGUGGUGUUUAGAGAUGAAAAGAAAAAAACAAAUGCUAUUGAUAGUGAGGUGAAUCCGGUAUGGAACGAGGUCCUUGAGUUUAACCUAAAUGGAGCUGCGCUAGAACCCAACUCCCACAUUGAUGUGAUUGUGAAAGACUCUGAGACCUUUGGGAAAGAUAAAUUCAUCGGGUCAACAAGAAUUCCUUUGAGAGAACUUGCCUCUGGCCAACUGAGAUCACUCCCGGCCAAAAAUGUGCAUUUGCUUGACGAGAACAGCCACAAUAUCGGCGCGACUAUGAACCUCGUCAUUGGGUAUGAUCCUCCACCCAAUGCCAACCCAAAUGCAGACGAAUCCCACGAUGGUGAUUCCCCUGUGGAUUCCGGCAGUGGAGAGCAAGGUGACGAGACGGCACCCGACGGGGCCCCGAGCGGUUCUGCGACCGGCCCCUCCGCUCCCGGUCAGUCUGUUAGCCUCCGCAGGCGGAUAGCAAGGUCGCAGAAUCGACACCGGCUUGUCAACAAACCUCAGGACUUCCAGAUCCGCGUCCGCAUCAUCGAGGCCCGUCAGUUGCCAGGCAACAACAUCAAGCCGGUGGUCAAGGUCCAGGCGUGCGGACAGACCCACAGGACAAGGAUUAAGCGGGGAAACAACCCCUUCUUUGACGAGAUGUUUUUCUACAAUGUCCACAUGCUUCCGUCAGACCUUUUUGAACAGAACAUCAGUAUUCGGGUUUAUAAUUCCUACUCCCUGAGGGCUGACAGUCUCAUGGGAGAAUUUAAGCUUGACGUCGGCUAUGUGUAUGACGAAGCAGGCCACUGUGUCAUGAGGAAGUGGCUGCUCCUGAAUGAUCCGGAUGACUCCAGCUCUGGAGCGAAAGGAUACCUGAAAGUCAGUCUGUUCGUGGUCGGGAUCGGCGAUGAGCAGCCGUCGGAGAAGAGGGAAUCCGACGAAGACCAAGAUGACAUCGAAAGCAACCUGUUGCUUCCAGCUGGUGUCACUUUACGAUGGGCCACGUUAUCGCUGAAGGUGUUUAGAGCGGAAGACAUCCCGCAAAUGGACGAUGCCUUCAUCCAGUCACUGAAGGAGGUUUUUGGCGGAAAUGAGAAUAAGAAGAACCUGGUUGAUCCUUUCAUCGAGGCCCGUUUUGCCGGGAAAAAGCUAUGUACUCAGAUCAUCGAGAGGAACGCUAACCCGGAGUGGAACCAAGUGUUGAAUCUUCAGGUCAAGUUCCCCUCCAUGUGCGAGCGUGUCAAAUUGACGGUCUUUGAUUGGGAUCGCGUGACUGGGAAUGAUGCUGUUGGUACUACGUACCUCAACUUGGCCAAAAUAGCCUCCUCUGGGGGCGAAAUUGAAGCCGGAACGGGCGAGUCGGAGAUUGGUUUCCUCCCCGUCUUUGGUCCCUGCUAUAUCAAUCUCUAUGGCAGUCCCAGAGAGUUCACUGGACUACCCGACCCUUAUGAAGAUCUCAAUUUGGGAAAGGGUGAAGGCGUGGCCUACAGGGGCAGGGUCCUGGUCGAAAUGUCUACUAAGUUAGAAGGCAAAGUUGACAAAGCAGUAGACAGCAUCCCGAGUGAUGAUAUCUUGGUGGUGCAGAAGUACCAGAGGAGAAGGAAAUACUGCCUCUGUGCAGUCUUCCACAGUGCUUCCAUGAUCCAGGAACCAGGCGAGCCAAUUCAGUUUGAGGUCAGCAUCGGUAACUAUGGCAACAAACUGGACAACACCUGCAAACCGCUGGCCUCCACCACUCAGUAUAGUUGCGCUGUGUUUGAUGGUAACCACUACUAUUACUUGCCGUGGGCGGGCACCAAGCCAGUAGUUGUGGUGACGUCAUUCUGGGAGGACAUCAGCCACCGCAUGGACACGGUCAACAUCAUCCUUUACAUCUAUCGCCGCUUGCAAUCUAACCUGGAGGUCUUCAGAACAACGGUCUCGGCGAAGGCACCCGACAAGCAAAUGUCUGGCAUAUGGGUGAAGUUGCUGACUCGGCUGAUUGAAGACAUAGCAAAUUUCCCAACACCGGAGCUGGAGGGCCGCUCCAACCUGACAUCCUUGGACAUCCAACUCAAGAAGCUGCGAGACAAUGGCCUGAAGGGCAUCCAGCAGGCAGCCAUACGCAUGAGACAAGAGGCCCAAGACAUUGCCGACACUCUGGCCGACAUCGAGUCGUGGGCGGACAAACUCGCAGCGCUUGCGGAAGAGCCUCAGAACAGCAUGCCCGACGUGAUCAUCUGGAUGCUGCGCGGCGAGAGGAGGGUGGCCUACAGCCGCGUACCAGCUCACCAAAUCCUCUACUCCACAUACUGUGAGGAGGCUUGUGGGCACCACUGUGGCAAAACCCAGACUAUAUUUUUAAAGUACCCCAUGGACAAGGACAAAGGCUUGAAGGUGCCUGUUCAGAUCCGAGUCAACAUGUGGCUGGGUUUAUCUGCACAUGAAAAGAAGUUCAACUCCUUCUCCGAGGGAACUUUCAGUGUGUUUGCAGAGCUGUACGAGAACCAAGCCAGUAUGUUUGGAAAGUGGGGAACCACAGGACUGGUGGGGCGCCAUAAAUUCUCUGACGUAACAGGCAACCUCAAGCUGAAAAAGGAGUAUUUCAUGCCCCCCAGAGGAUGGGAGUGGGAGUCGGAGUGGUUUAUUGACCCGGAGAAAGCUCUCUUAACGGAGGCCGACGCAGGACACACUGAAUUCAUGGAUGAGGUUUUCCAAAAUGAGACCCGCUUCCCCGGUGGAGAGUGGAAAUCAGCCUCGGAGCCCUUCACCGACGUGAAUGGUGAGAAGAGCCGGAAUCCACGGGAGUUUGAUUGUCCUCCCGGUUGGGCGUGGGAGGACGAGUGGACAGUUGAUGACAACAGAGCUGUGGAUGAUCAAGGUUGGGAAUAUGGACUGACCAUUCCGCCGGAUGACAAGCCCCGGUCCUGGGUGCCGGCAGAGAAGGUCUACCAUGUCCAUCGUCGGCGACGGGUGGUUCGACCUCGCAGGAGAGCCGCUCUUCCCGCAGGUGCAACCGCAGAGAGGCGGGACCAGGGCGACCCGGAGGGUUGGGAAUUCUCUUCGCUGAUCGGCUGGAAGUUCCACCGGAAGGAACGGUCGUCGGAUACAUUUCGUCGGAGGCGUUGGAGGAGAAAGAUGGCGCCGGAAGACCGCUUGGGAGCGUCGGCCAUCUUCAAACUGGAGGGUGCACUGGGUGUUGAUACGGAGGAGAAAGAGAAAAGCUCCAAGGGCGAUGUCACAAAGAUGUUUGGUGCAAACACACCCACCGUGUCCUGCUCCUUAGACAGGUCAUGUAUGUAUCACCUGCGUGUUUAUGUCUAUCAAGCAAGAAACAUGACAUCGAUGGACAAAGACAGUUUUUCUGAUCCGUACGCCCAUGUCUCCUUCCUGCAUCUAAGUAAGACAACAGAGAAGCUGCGUGCCACGUUAAACCCAACCUGGGACCAAACCCUGAUUUUCAACCAUGUGGAAAUUUACGGCGACCCGCAGGCUCUUGCGCAACAUCCACCGGAUGUUGUCAUCGAGUUCUACGACCAUGACCAAGUGGGCAAGGAUGAGCUGCUGGGUCGGUGCGUAUGCGUUCCAUUGGUCAAGUUGAAUCCCAGCAUGGAUCAGAUACCCAAACUGCUAUGGCACCCCAUCAUGCAAAGGGGACGCGAGGAAGGGGAGGCACUUGUGGCCGCUGAACUCAUCCUGAAAGAUAAGUCAGGAGAGUCAGAUCUUCCUCUUGUUCCCCCAAUGAGGGCAGAGAACCUCUACAUGGUUCCGCAGGGCAUCCGCCCCGUUGUGCAGCUCACUGCCGUGGAGAUUCUAGCAUGGGGUCUGAGGAACAUGAAGCCCUUUCAGCUGGCCACCGUGUCCUCCCCCAGCCUGGUGGCGGAGUGCGGCGGGCAGAGGGUGGAAUCGACGGUCAUCAGGAACAUGAAAAAGAGUCCCAACUUCCCCAGCUCGGUGCUCUUCAUCAAAGUGCUUCUACCAAAGGAUGAGAUGUACACGCCUCCGAUCGUGCUGAAGGUGAUUGACCACCGUCCAUUCGGCAGGAAACCGGUGGUGGGCCAGUGCACCAUCACCUCUUUGGGGCAGUUCCGUUGUGACCCAUACGUCAUCACGGCUGCGGGAGCAAUGGCUUCCAAAAUGGCCCUCAUGGCAGCGACUCCAUCCGGACACCUCUCCAUCAAUAUGGAAGAAACGAGAUUACUGUUAGAAACCCAAUUAAUGUGCAGCAUGUCGACUGCUGUCAACAAAAUGACUCCCCCUACCUCCUACUUUCACGUCGAGAAGGAAAAGCAAACGGUGGAUUGGUGGAGUAAAUUCUACGCGUCAGUGGGGGAGAAUCAGAAAUGUGGCCCUUACCUCAAGAAAGGAUAUGACACCCUCACAGUGUAUGAUUGUGAACUAGAAGACAUUCAAGAAUUCAAAGGACUGACAGACUUCUGCAGCACUUUCAAACUGCAACGAGGCAAGAACGAGGAUGGUGACGAUGACCCGAGUGUGGUUGGGGAGUUCAAGGGCUCUUUUAAAGUGUACCCGCUGCCAGAUGACCCCGGUGUCACCCCUCCUCCCCGGCAAUUCCGAGAGCUCCCAGACAGUGGUCCUCAGGAGUGUCUGGUCAGGAUUUACGUGGUCCGGGCCAUCGAUCUGCAGCCGAAAGACAAUAACGGCAGAUGUGACCCAUACAUGAAGAUAACCCUGGGAAAGAACACAAUAGAGGACAGAGACCAUUACCUCCCCAACACAACCAACCCCUUGUUUGGAAGGAUGUUUGAGAUGAAGUGUUUCUUACCCCAAGACAAGGACUUGAAAAUCUCCGUGUACGACUAUGACCUCCUGAGUCGCGACGAGAAAGUCGGGGAGACCGUGAUCGACUUGGAGAACCGCUUCCUGUCCCGCUACAACUCCUACUGCGGCCUCCCGCAGACCUACUGCACUUCUGGAAUCAACCAGUGGCGCGACCAGCUGAAGCCAUCCGAGAUCUUGGACAACCUAGCUCGUCUGAAAGGCUUUUCCAAACCUAGGAGUGAGGACAACGGCACUUCGCUCACCUUCAACGGAAAACAAUACACUCUGGCUCACUUUGAGGGCAAAAAGGAGAUUCAUGAGCACUUGGGUCCAGCCUGUGAGCGUCUGUGUCUGCACAUCCUGCGAACGCAGGGACUGGUGCCUGAGCAUGUGGAGACCAGGACACUUUACAGCAGCUUUCAGCCCAAUCUGUCCCAGGGAAGGCUUCAGAUGUGGGUGGACGUUUUCCCCAAAAGCAUGGGCGCACCCGGCCCACCCUUUGACAUCACCCCACGCAAGGCCAAGAAACAUUUCCUGCGCGUCGUCAUUUGGAACACAACGGACGUGAUUCUGGAUGAAACGAGCGUCACCGGAGAGCACAUGAGCGACAUUUACGUCAAAGGUUGGAUGCCAGGAAUGGAGGAGGACAAGCAGAGGACCGACGUCCACUACAGGUCUCUCGACGGAGACGGCAACUUCAACUGGAGGUUCGUCUUUGAGUUCGACUACCUUCCCGCAGAACAACUUUGCCUCGUCUCCAAGAAGGAGCACUUUUGGAGUCUGGACAAAACAGAGUUCAGGAUCCCGCCGAAGCUGACGAUCCAGAUAUGGGACAAUGACAAGUUCUCACUGGAUGAUUAUCUCGGAACGCUGGAGCUCUAUUUGCACAACUUGAUUCCGCCCGCAAAGACACCAGAGAAGUGUACACUGUCCAUGAUGGAUAACGUGGAGACCGACGUGCCCCACAAGCCCGAAGCUGCCAAGUGCUUGUUUACCCAGAAGUCAGCGAGGGGCUGGUGGCCCUGUUCCAUUGAGCGGCAUGGGCACAAGACCCUCGGGGGCAAAGUAGAGAUGACUCUGGAAAUUCUCAGCGAGGAUGACGUGGAUGAAAAGCCGGCAGGAAAAGGCAGAGAUGAACCCAACAUGAACCCGAAACUGGACCUUCCCAAGCGCCCCGAAACAUCCUUCUUUUGGUUCACCAACCCGUGCAAGACCAUGAAGUUUAUCGUGUGGCGACGGUUCCGCUGUCUCUUCAUUGGACUCAUCGUUCUCACCAUUGUGCUCCUCUUCCUCGCCAUCUUGCUGUACUCUCUACCGAAUUACAUCUCAAUGAAGAUAGUGAAGCCACUCAAAUAAAACGGACGACCGCCAAGGUGCAGUGGACCUGUAAAGGACGAUGGAAAUGUCCAAAGGAUCAAAAUGCAGUAAUGUCAAACUAUCUCACUGUCUUUUUAAUCGCACGUCAUCUUAUCUUAAACAAUUGUGAAUGGGAAGGGAUGCUUGCUUGUUUGCACUAUUUCAACAUUCUGCCAUGCACAAAACUGUGAUUAAGUCAACAGGAAUGGUGAUUAACUUUUCCACAUGAACACUGGUAUCACUCAGUGGGUUACAAACACAACACUUUUUAAAAAAUCAUACAUUUAUUAUUUUUCUUUAAAUUAGAAAUAAAGAUUUUUACACAUUGAACUGCAGUGUAAUCAGCCAAAAAUUGUGAUAUUGGCUUAAUCAGAUGUGCUCCACAUUUAACAUGUUCCCGCAAGUGCUUUUGUAUUAUUGUUAAUAAAAAACUAUGAAGCUAUGUUAA